GCUCCCGGCUCUGGCAAGGGGUCUGGGGUUGCCUUCCCGUCUGUGAGUGGCCUUGCAUGCAGUGCGCGGGGCUCUCCUGAGACGACAUGAAGAAGAUAUUUAGCUUCAGGAAGAAGAAGAAGGAAAAUCCGCCGCCGCCCGGCGGCGCCGCCUCGCCGUGCCCCGCCGGUGCAUACGAACUCCGCCAUAAGGAGCUGGGCAAGCUGCACCGUGCGGCCGCUACCGGAGACCUGGCCCAGGUGCGGCAGAGGCUGAAGAAGCACGGCAUCGACGAGCGCGACAAGGCGCAGCGGACACCACUGCAUCUUGCUUGUGCAAAUGGACAUGCGGAUGUCGUUACGUUUCUAGUAGAAAACAAGUGUAAGCUAGAUCUUUUUGACAGUGAUAACAGAUCACCACUGAUGAAGGCAGUGCAAUGCCAGCAAGAAAAAUGUGCGGUAAUCCUGCUAGAGCACGGUGCUGAUCCGAACCUGGCAGAUGCUAGCGGCAACACUGCCCUUCACCUGGCUGCUGUAGCUCCUAACACAUUUCUAGCAGGGAUGUUAAUUGAGCACAGUGCCCGUAUUGAUGCUCAGAAUAAGGAUGGAUGUACUCCCCUUACUCUCGCUAUCUCUGAACAUUGUGAUGGGAUGGUGGAGCUCCUCCUUAAAAAAGGAGCUGAUGUUCAUGCUCGAGAUCUGUGUGAGAGAACCCCACUUAUGACUGCUGCGUCCGGUGGGGAGCUUAAGUUGGUAAAAAUCCUUCUUCACUAUGGUGCUGAUCUUUCCCAUAAAGACACUAAUGGAUGGACAGCUGAGGAUUAUGCUAUUAUUCAUGGAUAUGCUAGUCUUAGUAAACAACUGGCAGAAUAUGCAGACUGGGAGAACACAGGGAAAGCUUGUGCAGGUGCUUCCCGAGGCACCCGAGUACCGAUGACUCCUCACAAGGCAGGAGCUGCUGGUUUUACAUUGGGUGCACCUGCUGUGAACAGAGAAGGAAUGCAGCAGUCUUCUAAGCAGACACCAAGAACAGGAGAAUCGAGGAAAGCAAUAGAUGACUUUUCCCAUGGAGACUCAACAAGUUCUGAAAAAGAGGGCAGUAAUGACACUUGGCAUACUUCUGAGGAAGAAGAACUGGAUUUUACACCCAAGAAGCCACAGAAGCCAAACUUGACAAUGUUAUUGAAUGUUUCCCAGAAGUUCAGCAAUGUAGGUGGUGGUGAUGGUUCUAGAGUUAAAAGUCCUAAGUCACAGAAGAAAAGCCUUACACACAAAAAACCAACAGAUGCAAACCUGAACAGAGGAAAAUGUGGAAAGUUGUUGAAUGAAGAUGGCUCAGAUUCAAGCAGCCUUGAGGAAGAUGAAUUGGAGGAAGAGGAGGAAGAUGAAAAUGAUGAUGGAGAUGACGAUGAGGAGUGUGAAGAAGAAGAAGAGGAAGAUCUUACUCAAGAUGAAAAGGAGGAAGGAGAUCUGGAAGAUGAAGAAACUCAAUCUAAUGACGUAACGGAAGAGGAGCAGAUAGGUAAAAUAGAACCUAAAGAAGAAAUUAAUCAGAAAUUGGGGUAUCUUAGUAGUGUUAAGAAUGAAGGGGAUGAACAGUGUGGAGCUGAAAGUGUCUCCAGUGAUUAUCAGGAAAUAUGUAAAAAAAUCAAUGAAAAGAUGGAGGGAUCUGUUGACAGUCCUGUGUCUUUUAUAGAUGGAUCUCACAAAAGGUUGCAAGAGAAUAUAACAGCCAUGUCUCCAAAGCAAAUGAAUAAUGAAGUAUCUUACGAGUCAGCACCAAAACAACCUAUCCUUCAAAAUGUAAAUAAUUUGCAAGAUAAACAAGAAAGCUGCAAGAAGAAAAGCAUAAUGCAGAAGAUAUUUCACAGAAAUACAGCCUCCUCUUCUGCAGACUCUGAAAUGACAGUCUUGAAAAAAGGGAUGCCUCAGCCCCUCUCAAAAAUUGGUGGUGAUCUUCAGGAGAAGUUCAGUUUCAGCGAUGUCCUCAAAAGUAUUAGUGGUUCUUCGUCAACAAGGGGAAGUAUAAAGCUUGAAAAUCAAAGACGAAGCUCUGUCACGGAUGAUGAAGAUACUGAAGCAGAGCAGUAUAAACAGGUAGAUAUUAAAUUGCAUAAAGCACAGAAACAAGAAAGUGAAAACCUGCGUCUAGGUCGAUGUAAGGAAAAUCUAAGGACAGCAUUUUCCUCAAGCACAGAAGAAGAGUCGGCUAAGUGGGAACAAGAGAAAGAACAGAAGAAGGAAGAUGCUGGUGGGAAGCUGCAAACUACAGUUUGUGAUGAAGUGAAAAAUUCUGCUUGUAGUAAUAAGCAUCAAGUCCACAACAAAGAAGAUGCUACUAACAAGAGAGGUGCCCUGCCAGUAGCAGGACCAGAGCAAGAGGAAGAGUCUGAUUCUCCCUGGGAUUCUGAGGAAGAGUCGGCUAAGUGGGAACAAGAGAAAGAACAGAAGAAGGAAGAUGCUGGUGGGAAGCUGCAAACUACAGUUUGUGAUGAAGUGAAAAAUUCUGCUUGUAGUAAUAAGCACCAAGUCCACAACAAAGAAGAUGCUACUAACAAGAGAGGUGCCCUGCCAGUAGCAGGACCAGAGCAAGAGGAAGAGUCUGAUUCUCCCUGGGAUUCUGAGACGUAUUCUGGAACUCCAGGGAAUGUAUCACCUGUUGUGGUGCUCCCACCUGCAGUUGAACGCGGAUUAUGCUCGCAGAGUAUUUCAAGGAAGCAUGACAAUGGCUUUUCAGAGAAAUCCAGUGAUUUGCAGUUGAAGGUUUCUGCAGUUUUAGAGAGGAAUGAAACACCUUCAAAAAAAGAAAGGAAGAAAUCAGAUCUACAGGAGGAAUUGAGUUUAGAAGAUGUAGACAAUAUUGAAGGUGAGGGCUCAGAACAUAUCUUUCAUGUGUCAUCAGCUGAAAAAGAGACGGUCAAGGAUGCCAUUGAAAACUGUGGAAGGCAGGAUAAAUAUGUUUUAGAAACUACCAACUUGAUAGAAAACCCAGCAUAUGAAAUACAGACUGACAAAGCAGAAAUUUCUCAUCAGGAAGCCCUAGCAGAAAAUGAGGAAUCCCACAGUGCUGUCAAGCAUUUAAGUCUAAAGCCGUGGGAAGAAAGAUAUGAAAGAAUGUGGGUUGAAAAAGAGAAAAGGGAAUUGAAAACAAAUUUUAAAAACAUCACAGCAGAGCUGAAGCAGCUGUUCGGUGAAAUUAAUGAAUCUGAGGAAACUACAUCCCUUGUGGCAGAAGUGGCAGAAGAUGACUUCAAUGAAGAAUUGAAGAGUUUUCGUGUUUCAUCUUGUGUAACGGAAUCAAAUAAUAAGUUAGAAAGUAAAGGUGAAUUUGGAGAUAUGAAACUUAAUGUAGACCUAAAAGAACCCGAAGUGGAAAUUGUAGUUCAGAGUCUCGGUGUCCUUCCUGAUCACAGUAACUUAAAUGCAAACAUGGAAAAUACCUGGAGUACAGAGGAAGAAGACUGCACUAAUUACACAGAUAAUACAAAAGUACCUCUAGCAAGAGGAGAGAAAAUGGAAGAAAAUGAGAAUGGGAUUGGUAGGAAUGUAGAGGGAAGUCCUGAGUAUUCCCCGAGACAUUGUUUAAAAACAAAUAUUUUGGAUGACAUUUCUAAUAUUCUUCCUAAAAUAAGACCUAUUUCCACAAAUGAUGAAAGUACACUGGGUUUUAUCAGAGAGAAGAAAUUUGGCAAGGAUGUCUGUUUUAGUGACAGUGUUUCCAGAGACUGCCUUAUCAAAAACAAGAAAAUAGGAGAAGCAGAAAUUGAAAAUCUUAUUCCACAUGAUCAGCAACCUUGUGGCAUGCUGAAAAGGAAUCUGGAUGAAGAAUUAAAACAAGAUGUGGAAAGAUUUAAGAGUAAGGUAGGAAUGCUGCAAAUGGUAUUCCUGGCUUUGGAGAAAGAGAAGGUACAGCUACAAAAAGAGGUUGAGAAGAAAAAAAAGAAGCAGAAACAUUUCAAAAUGCAAGCAGUGGAAAAAGAGGAUGGUCUUGAUAAAUUAAAUACACCAGCAGGCAGUAUUAACAAUCAACCAGUUAAAGAAGAGCUUGCUCUAAGGAAGAAUGAGAAAAAACUUGAGGAUGAAAAAAAGAUAGAAGAAAAACGCACAAAGAACUUUUCAUCUGAGGAGAGACCAAAAUUAACUAGAAUGCCAACAAAAGGUAAAUCUGUUAUGAAUGCAAAAGGUAUGAAGAAAAAUGAGAAUAAAAGGCAGUCUUCAAAGCAGAAGGCUAAUCAGAAGAUUCAAGUAACGGAUGAUAGCACUUGCAGUGAAACAUCCCAAACUGAAGAAAGGUCUGCAGCAAAAACAGGGAGUGAAAAGGGCAAGGUCAGCAUGCAAAUGGAUGUUACUGAUGACCUUGAUUUAACACAGUCAUCUGAUACAACUACAGAGGAUGCUGAGUUGCCAACUUCAACUUACAAAGAAGCUAUGUUGCUGUUAGAACAGCUUAGUGUGGAUCAUACAGGCAAAUGUGGAUUAACUGUGGCUAAAGGCCUUGUUUCCACCCACCUGCACUCUCACCUCCACGCUUCAACAGGAGAGGAAGGAGAUUCUGCUAUUUUGCUGAAAAUUCAAAACAUACUUCUUGAAUAUGAACAGAGAAUAGAUCGCGAAAAAAAUCGCUAUGCAGCUCUCUGGAAAGAAGUCAGAAAGUUGAAAAGUGAAAAAGAGGAGUCACAGUUAAUAGCAGAAGAGACUGAAGAUUUGAAAUCCACGUUGGCUCACCAAGAAAUGGAAUUGAAAAGUGAUAUCCGAAGCCUUAAAUUUUCUUUGAAACAAGAAGAGCAAAAGAGGCUUAGAGCUGAAAUGCAAUAUGAAAAAAUAGGAGAACAACUAAGGAAGAAAGAGGAUCAAUACUGUAGAGAGGCAGAGGAGAAACAACAACUUGAGUUACGUGCAAGGAAUUUAGAAAUGGAGUUAAUAACACUGAGAAAGCUCAUGAAACAGAUUGAAGAAGAGCGUGAUGAAACACAGAGACAGCUCUCUCAGGAAAAGAGUGCUAGAGCUCUACAAGAAGGAAUUUUGAACAGCCACCUGUGGAGACAGAAGGAACUGGAAGAAGAGACAAGAAAAACUAUAGGAAAAAAUUCAGAGGAAUCUGACACUAAUGACAGAGAAAAGGAUCUGCUGCACAAAAAUCAGUUACUGCAAGAAGAGAUUGCUAUACUAAGACUUGAACUUGAUCAAGUGAAACUUAGGCACCAGGAGAAUGAAGGAAAAUAUUUAGGGGAAAAUGAGUCUUUGAAAGAAAAAAAUGACGAUCUUCAGAAGGAACUUAAGCUGAAUGAGGAAGCCUUAACACAAACAGUAUUGCAGUACAAUGGACAGCUGAGUUUACUCAAGACAGAAUCUGCAAUGCUAAGUUCCAAGCUUGAACAGACAAGAGAAAGCAAAGACAGACUGGAAACAGAAAUUGAAUCAUUCCGUUCCCGCUUGAAUGCUGCUGUUCAAGAUCUUGAACGUCAUCAGUCAUUGAAAAGUGACGCUGAACGAACAUUUCAGAAAGAACGUGAUGAAUGGCAUCGUUUACAAGACAAGCUCCAUCAUGAGCUCUCUCAAGCGCAAGAGACCAACAAGAGCUUGUCUCAGCAGCUGAGUAAGAUGGAAAGGAAAGCUAAUUGUCUAGAAAGUGAGCUUCACCAGUUGAAACAAACACUUCGAGAAAAAACACUGCUUUUAGAAAUGACGCAAAAAGACUUAAAUCAAGCCCAGUGCCAGGCCAAAGAAAGUGACUGUGCACGGCAACUUGAGAAAGAUCAAGUCAGCAAAUUUAUGAUAAAGCAGGAAUCUAUGCAGGAACGAUUGGCUCAGCUCCAAAGUGAAAACCUCUUACUCCGUCAGCAGCUGGAAGAUCUGCAGAACAAGGGGAUCAUCAAAGAAAAGGUUGUGAAUGAUGUCCAGGACAGAUUUAAUGAUAUUUUCAACAAACUCAGAGCUGAUACUGAAAAGCAAGUUUACCUCAUGGAAGAGAGAAACAAAGAAUUAAAUACGAAGUGUACUGAUUUAAGGGAACAAGUCUUUAAAUAUGAGACUGACAAAGUAGAAAGAGAGGUUUUGGUCAGACAGCUACAGCAGGAGCUUGCUGACGCUCUUAAAAAGCAGUCUAUGUCAGAAGCUUCCCUUGAAGUUACUACACGCUACCGCAGUGACCUUGAGGAAGACAAAUUGCGCUUGCAAAAGGAAUUGGACAGGGUUAAAACCAAGUUACAGGAAUCUGAAGAACAACGUGUUCAGUCUGAGCUUUGUGUUCAUGACUUGAAGACUGUCCUAGAUAAUAAGGAAAAAGAAAUAUCAGUUUCUUCCCAGAAACUGAAAGACCUUCUGUUAGCAACUUCUGGAACCAAUGCUGUUAUAAAACAACUGGAAGAACAUGUGCAACGACUUGAAAUUGAAAAUGCCAGAUUGGAAGUCACAACCAAACAACAAACCAAUAGUAUUGAAGCUCUUCAGAAGGAUAUGCAAGCAUCAGCCUCAGUUCAUCAUCGCCUAGAAGAGUUGUGCUUACGGACAGCACAGACAGCUGCAGAAAAGUACCAGUAUCAGCAGAUGCAAAAGCAGGAUAUGUUGACUAUGACAUCAAAAGAAUCACGCAGUAUGUGGGAGGAAGAAGUGAAGUCAAGAGCCCUCCUUGAAAAUCGUCUUGCUCAACUUGAGAGGGAAAAGGCUGAGCUCUUGGAACAGUGUGAGGCUGAAAGAAAGAAAGUGAAGAAGCUGGUAGAGUUGAAACGACCAGUUGAAGCACGUCUUGACCAGGAAAUGAAAAGAAACGUUGAACUGCAGAAAGAACAUCACAGGUGCAAGAGGCUUCUGAACAGAGUUGUGAAGAAACUAAGAGUGCACGAGUCCAGAGAAAGAGAGUCCCAAUUUAAUUUCCAGGGAGAAAUGAAAAAUAGGUAUUCUGAAAUGGUGAAUGAAGUUGGAAAUUUAAGAACAAAGGUUACUGAACUUUCUCAGCAGCUGGAGUUAGAGUCUAAAAAAUGCAUCCAGCUGGAAACACAAAACCAGGAUUUGCGAGAAGAGCUGUCUGUUCUGCGUGGGAACCAUGAAAAGCUGGAGAGGAGCAAAUCCCAGUUGAAGGAAGAGGUGGCAAGCCUCAGACAUCAUUUGGAGGUUAAUAUGGUGAAUCACAGCCAAAUAGAACAAUACAAGAAAGAGAUGGAAGAACGAGCUGGACAAGAAAUCAGACAAAAGCUACAAGAAGUCAAUUUGUUUUUGCAGGCACAGGCAGCCUCCCAGGACAGGUUAGAACAAAUCAGAGACAAUCAUCAUGCCUCACUGAGAAACCAACUAAAGCACAGAAUUAAAGAUCUUGAAUGUGAGUUGGACAGAAUAAAAAAUACUCAACACGACAGUAUUUUUCAAAAAGAAUCCACACAGGCAGAAGUGGAAAAAUACAAAGAAAAGUAUCUGGAAGAAGUGAAAAUUAGAAAAAGCCUAGGAAAUAAGCUGGAAAGAGCCAAUGAGAGACUAGCAGAAGCUAAUGCUAAGCUCUUUCAGGAGCGCCACAGAAACAAAUCUUUAAUUACAAGCAGCAUUGUCGCAGGAGGUCUGCCUGCAAGUCCAGUUCUGUAUUCAACUGAACUGGGGCAUCUUGGCAACAAUCUGGCACUGAACAGAAGUCUCAACCUAGGAGGAAGCUUUGUAGGCACAGCUGGGAAUGCGUUAUCGUCAAGAAACAAUGUUGAAGCCUACAUGGAUAAGGUACGGAAGGAACUGGAUGAAAAAAUCACUAAAGAACUUGAACAAGCCAAUGCUGAACUUGAAAUUGGAUCUGCUAGAGCUUCUCCAAUGAUGUCUACUGAUGGAUCUUCAAAAAAUCUCAAUAUUGACCAGGAUCCCCUUAGCAGAGCAAUACAGGAGUACCGUGAUGUUUUAAACAAAAAUUAUCUGAUCUAAACAAAAAUGCAAAGGGAAAAGUACUGGAAAUCAUUUUGUUUACAUAGGAUGUCUUUGAUUUCCCAUCCUGCAGCCUGGAUGUGAAAACAUCUUUAUAUUCAAACUGCAAUAAGUUAAAAAUGUAUUAAAUAGGUGUCAAGCACUCUGCACUUACCUGUUGGUCACUGAGAUGUAGUUAGUAUUUUGCACUCAGAGUAAGAGCCAUAUCUAUUUUUUCUUACUAUCAGAUUCAGUAACGUUGAUUCUUGAGCUUGACAGAACUGUCAGAAUGUUUUUGAUGCAUUAUUUUGCUCCACUUGUGCUCUGUGUUUUAAAAGCAUUCCCCUUGUUUUAAAGCAUUUUAAAGCAUUCCCCUUGUUCUGUUGAACCCUUUCACUGUCUGUGUUUCCAGUGUUAUUUUAAUGCAUAGGAGGUUAUUUGUUUGGCUUAUUUGUUAUUAUUUGUUAUUUGUUUGUUCUGCCAGCUGCUUCAGUCCUGGUGCUGUGAAUAUUUCUGCUGAUUAAGUGAAAGUUUUACCAGUGUUUAAGCUGGAGAAGGAUGCACUUUACAUUGUUUCACUUAUAUGCACCUUGGGCUUAAAAAUACUGUGAGUGUGUAGCAGUGCCAAGAAAGCUUUAAUGUGAUCUUUUUGGUUUGGUAUCCAUGUUGGGUUUUGCAUUAGAAUUUGAUUCAACCUAAGACAUUCACAGUUGCUAAGAUCAACAUGGGAUGAACCUGAAGCAGUUCAUACUGAGAAGAAGGAAAAUUAACAUUUCAACCUUCGGUCCAAUUGGUACUUAACACUAUUUGUGUGGUGGGACAGGUUUUUAUUGCUGCUAACAGCUGGUGAUAAAAUUGCUGCAACUCAGGUGAAGAGUAAUGCUGUGGGACUUUGUGUCUGUAAGACAAGCAGUUUUGUUAACAAUUACAUGUUACUGAAGAUCUGCAGUAGUCAUUCCUUGUCUACAAAAUUUGCUAAAAUAGUACACAACAAAUGGAAUCAACAUUCCAGAGACAUGAGAAUGUUGUACUGAAGCAAACAGAAACUGGAAAAAAGAUUUUUACCCACUAAUUCAACAACUUGAGUGGAGCAGUGGGGAGAUGUAGUGAAUGUUGCUGCAACUCUCUGCUCCUUUUUACAUGAAUACAAUUUUGUGACACUAAUACACUGUAUUUAAUUCCAGGUAUUACAUUCCAACUUGGUAUUUAAUAAAC